AUGGGAAACAAUGGCGAUAUUAUUGUCAACAAAGCAAUGUGGUUGUACCCAAGAUUCAUGGGCUUUAACCCUUCUGAAAGAUGGGGUCAUUCUUCUUGCUUCUCUAAUGGUUUCCUCUAUGUCUUUGGUGGAUGUUGUGGUGGUCUACAUUUCAGUGACGUUCUAGUGCUAAACCUUGAAACCUUGGCAUGGACCAAUCUAGCAACCACGGGUGCCGGCCCUGGUCCGAGGGACAGUCACAGUGCCGUCAUUGUGGGUCACAUGAUGAUAAUAUUCGGUGGAACCAACGGCUGCAAAAAAGUUAACGACAUUCACAUUUUGGAUCUCUUGACACGCGAAUGGACACGACCAAACUGUAAAGGAGUCGCUCCGACGCCUCGAGAGAGCCAUACGGCCACUGUCGUUGGCCAUGACCGAUUGGUGGUUUUUGGUGGCAGUGGUGAAGGGGAUGCCAAUUAUUUGAACGAUUUGCAUAUUUUGGAUCUCAGAACGAUGAGGUGGAGUUCACCCGAACCGAAGGGCGAUGUCCCCGUGCCGAGGGACAGUCAUAGUGCUGUCGCCAUAGAAAACAAAGUUUUUGUCUAUGGAGGCGAUUGCGGAGACCGCUACCGUGGUGACGUCGAUGUUUUCAAUGUUGACACUAUGACUUGGUCAAAGUAUGCUGUUCAAGGCCCGUCACCGGGGGUUCGAGCAGGACACGCUGCAGUCACUGUUGGGACAAAGGUUUUCAUGAUCGGUGGAGUUGGUGACAAGCAGUAUUAUAACGAUGUUUGGGUGCUUGAUACGAUCACGUGUUCGUGGACUCAGCUAGAGGUUCGAGGCCAACAGCCGCAAGGGCGUUUUUCGCAUACGGCUAUCGUCGCGGAUUCUGAUAUAGCCAUUUACGGAGGGUGUGGUGAGGACGAGAGGCCACUCAACGAGCUACUCAUCUUGCAGCUGGGAUCGGACCGUCCAAAUGACCGAUAUAACAACUGCAUAUGCACGGUGUUUGGAAGCCAACGCGACCAAGAAAAAAGACACCUCUUACACGAACAUCAAGCCAACACGAAACGGUCGUCGCCAUUCAAUUCAGAUCCGAUGCACACGAAAAGAAAAAGAAUGUCGAAUUUAAAAGCGUGUGAAGUGAUAGAAUCAGAACCCGAAGAACACUCACUUUCCCUCUCCCAACAUUCAUCUCCGUCUCAUUCCGAUCAAGAACGAACUCUAGUGAAACAACCUUCAAACUCAGCCGCUCAAACUUUGCCGUUUUUUAAGCAUCAAAAUCAAAUUUCAACCAGUAGCAAGCAAAUCCCAGGUACCCAAUCGAAUCCUAUCACGAUCCUCAGUCGAGCGACACCCAAUCUGCAGUUCGUCCAAGAACAAUCCGAUCACCUGAAAAACCAUCAUGCAACUCGCCGAGAUCAUAGAAACUUUGAGGCAUUGCGUGUUCAAAACCUGAUUGGCGCAGAAGUUCACGGAAAAGUUGAUGGAGCAUUCGACUCAGGUUACUUGAUGACUGCAAUGGUUAACGGUCGGAUCUUCAGAGGAGUCUUGUUCCCUCCAGGGCCAGAGGUUGUUUCAAGAGGAGGUUUUCGCGACAGCCAUAGUCGCAGAUCGCCCACGAGCCAUAUGGCUCAAAGAAACCUGCAUGUAAAUCGUGCUUUCAUCAGGCACUCGAACCAUGCACCGGCUCAUGGACCAGAACCGAACCAUCAUGGUUACCAACUCCAAGAUCAUGCAGUCCAUAGACCAUCACCGGUGGUUAGGUCAGUUCCAGGUUUAUCGUUGGGGAGAGAACAAGCGAAGGUUCAGAACCAUGAACUCCAUGGUGUGCUUCUUACGCUGGGUGGUCCAGGGAGCGGGCACGGUGGCUCGUAGCUAGAUCAAAUGGCUCAGACCCUAGCUUU